UGCUUGCACACCGGAGGAUUAAUCUGCCACGGUAAAUUCUGAAGUUUGUUCUGCCUGGGUCACGCCAGCUAGAAGGAUUGUAAUAUCAGAGGUUUCAUUUACAUUAACGUUUGAAUCGGUGUCCAUGUGCGUGCGUGCGUAGGUGCUAUGUAAAUUAGGUUUGUUUACCAUAUUCCAAAAAUAAGUGUAAAAUUGGUGGUACUGAGUUGGAGUGAAGUUGACUAACAAGGUGAAACACAGAAUUGGGUGAUAAUGUUUUGCUACAUGCUUUACAACCAGUCAAACCAAAAAAGGGAACAGUAAACUUCAAAGUAGCAAUAGAAAACUGGAAGAACUGCUAGAAAACACAGUGAACUGAAAGAGUUAAAGUUUUAUUAAAAAUACUUGUGUCCCCCCCACUUCUGAAAUCAAAAUUUCGUCCUUGAGCAUGCGUACUGUAUUUCAACUAUUAAGUGCACCAGAAAGUAUCCCUUUAAAUGCGUUUGCAGUUACGUAAAGGUUUUAAGCAGAAGCAAUGACAGAAGUCCUCUUUGGAUAUUCUAAUGAGGACCAAUGUUACUUUUAAAGAAGGGGAAGAAACUACAGUCCUGAGGUUUCUAGCUGCUGCCUAUAGUCUCUAGUGAUACACUUUAAUAUAAAUUAAAUGACUGAUGUGUUCUGCCCAUGGGUCUACUCAUAUUACUGGUUGUGCCUUGGCAGGGUUCCACUGGCAUCAGGUUUCAAUUUUCCUGUUAAGUUUCUAUUCGCUCCCACUCGCAUGUCUACUGGUUUCUCAGUAACUGUGUGACUCAGGAGCUCGAGCAUGAACUGACCGAAGCCUCAGAUCGUCCUUGGGACAGAUCCAGCUUUGUAAAAACUAAAAGGGGAUUUAUAAAAUUCCAAGUUUAGUUUCAGGAUCAAACAGAAAAGGAAGAAUGCUGCUUUGCACAGAACAAACCCACAACUGCAUCAACAAGUCCAGGAAGUUGUGUUGAAUAGUCUGCCUACGAGACAAGAAUACGAGAAAACCACUUCCAUUCUGUUGCCAUUUUUUGGGGCUGGUUUGCUCCAUCUCAAGCAAUGUUCUUGGUCUUAAUAUCAAACUGGGCCACGAUAACGAGCACAUUUCCUCCUACUAAAGGAAAGGUCUGUUAAAGCUGCUUUGUCGCCAACAGAGACACGGGAAGACUGAUGCCUGAUUAGCUAUGAUAUAAGUGGCCAGGUCUUGUGCUGCACAUGGAAUAUCCAUAAAAAUGGAAAGCAGAUCCUCAGAGAUGGAAUGGCGUGAACUGCCCUACGGCAGCUGGACAGAAUCUCAUGUGAGCUCCUGGAUGAGGUGCAUUGGAAUAAAAGAAAUGUACAUAAAAAAACUGGAGGAGGAGGAGGUGACAGGACCGGUUCUCACAACUCUACAGAGGGAGUACCUCAGCACUACUUUUGGAAUGAAAAGUGGCCAAAUUGAGCAUCUGCUGAAGAACAGAGAUGAGCUUGUCAAGUCAGAACAGCACAAAACAAAAAGUAAAAGUGAUUUGUGUGGUAAAGGUAGCGAUGACAAAAAAGGAAAUGAGUUCAAUUUGGGACAACAACCAAAACUUUGUUUACAAGAACCUUGUGACAGAGCAGAAACCGGGAAUAUCCCUGUAACAUGCAGUGACAACUCAGUCUCUACAGAAGUGGAUUUGUCUUUCUGUGACUAUCGGAAAUUUGAUCAGCAUGAAAAGGACUGCAGGUAUGUGAAGCACAAUGUACUUCCUCCAGAGACGGGGAUUGAAAACAUGAAUGUUCCGUGUCAUGAAUACAAGUCACUGGAGAUUGCACACAAACUAGACUCAAAAAGGCUACAAAUAAAAGUAGCAAGUGAGGUGUUAAGAUUUGCAUGUGGAUGCAUGAAUAUGAGAUCCAAUGGGACAAUUCAUUUUGGCAUCAUGGAUAAAGUCAGAGGCACUCACAAGCAUGGAGAAAUCAUAGGGAUACCUAUCAAAAAUCAGGAGGACUUUGUGGACGCGUUAGACUACAUUGAAAAAUGCUUCAAAGAUUCAAAUCAACAAUGCGAUGCCAGGCGUUGCAUCAAGAACCCGCGAUUCAUUGAGGUUCUGGACAAGGAAAAUGCUGAGAAAACUUGGGUCAUUGAAUAUGAUGUUGUUCCAAAAGCAAGCAUUGUAAAAAAUAGGCUUUACUAUGUUGGUGUCCCAAACUUUAAUGAGAAAAACAACAAAGUCAAAUGUGAAGAGAAAGUCCCCUAUUACAGAGUAGGAGCGAACACUCCGCGCAUACCCGACGAUGACCUUGUUCGUUUCAUUCAAGACCUGAAAGAGAAAGACCAACAGAGAGAGGAGGCGGAAUCUUCAAGCAAUCAAACAGCUGUGGAGUUAGGAGAGGAUCAAAAGAGGAAACUCACCAUCCUCUUAGCAUGUGGGAAAAGACUCUUGGACAACACUCUCUUUUACAUCGUUGUGACAAACAAGUUUCAGCCAGAGCACCUUGACAGUAUAAGCUUCUUGGUUCCCAUGAAUCUAUUCUGUGUGUUUGAUUUUGACCCUGAUUCAAAGACAUCUGGUCUUUGUGGACAAUAUAAGAAGCAGAAGGCUGUAAACCUUCACUUUCUUGAUAACUACGCAAAUGAAAGUAGGUUGGGAAAUACUGACUUUGUAAAAUCUUUGCAGCUUUAUGAGAGAACAAGCUGGAUUUUCUGCAACGGGAGGAACAACUUCCCUGGUGGGGGUCAAACCUGUGAUGAAAAAACCUGGAUCAAAACAAGCAAAAAGAAACUGAAAAAAGCGGUAUCGCUCAUCUGCAAUGAUAUCCUACCGAGGCGAUCAUUUGUAGUCCUCUUCCUUCUAAUGUCUGAUGUUGAGCAGCCAAUUGUUGAGACCUUCCAUGAAUUCUACGCUGAGAUGAAUGGACAUGAUUUUUUGGCCGUCAUAUCAGAGUCCAAGGAAAACUACAAAAAGUGGUCAAGUCUUGCCCAGGUGUCAUGUGACAUGUCUACACUCAAAGAAAUCAGCAUUGUUGAAAUGCCACUGAGUCAUGUGGAUGCAACAGUUCAAAGCAUUCAGCUCUCAAAGAAUAAACCCACGAGGACAUUACCAGUCCUAAACGGAGGACUAUGCUUCUUAAAGUCAGUUGAAGGAGCUAUGCUAGAUUCUUUGGAAAUCAUCAGUGUUGACCAGUGUGAUGACACAAAGCUGGAGGUUCUGAGCAAGGAGGAAAUCCAACUUAUUGAGACCUACUUCUACCGAGGUGGAAAGAUAGACUGGAUUAACUUCUGGCUUGCCGACAAACUCAAGUGCGGGGCCAUCAUUAAGAGGGAUGCCUACCGAGAAGCAAACACACUCCUGGACAAGAUAGCACAUUGUAGCUCUGCCACACGUCCCAUUGAGAGCGUGAACAUAUCCCAUCAUCCUGGCAGUGGUGGAAGUACAGUGGCACGACAGAUCCUGUGGAGUUGGAGGCAAAAAGUACGAUGUGCAGUUGUAAGACAGUGCAAGGAAAUCACAACCGUGUGUGAGCAUGCAGUGACACUGAGAGAACAUGACGAGAGAGACAAAAACAAGUGUCUGCCAGUGCUCUUGCUCUUGGAGGACCGAAAUGCAGAUUACAUAGAUGAUCUGAGACGGGAGCUUGGAAAUGUCAUUGCAACGAAAAAAAUAAGUCAGUCUGUGUUGUGCUUUAUCCUGCUCAUCUGCAACAGAUCAAAUGAUCCAGAGAGAAUGUGCAGAGCGUCGCCAUCUCAAACAGUAGCAGUCACACACAAGCUGUCAAAUUCCGAGAAGCCUUUGUUUUCAGAAAAGCUUGAGCAGCUAAAACUCCGGUUUCAACCACAGUUCAUCCUGACAUUUGUUCUGAUGAGUAAAGAGUUCCAGCCAAGUUACAUUGAGGACUUUGUGAAAAACCUUCUGGACAAAAUUGACCAUUCAUCACUGAUCACUCGCCUCAUCCGAUUUGUGGCUCUCUUGAAUAGCUAUGUUGAAGACUCAUACAUAUCUAUGUCACACUGUGAAGCAUCUCUUGGCUUAGCUACCCAUGUGGUUGGAGCUAAGUACCAUGCAUUUUUGGAUCAUCUUACUGAUGAAGCAAGGCUUCUUUUCAUCCACUUUAAGGAAGUUUCAACACACAUCGCAUCAAUACGGAUUAUUCAUCAACUGGUGGCAAAGGAGAUUCUGAAUCAGCUGUCUGCAAAUAGGCCUCAGAGCGAUGUUGCCAUGGAUCUCAUCAAUGACAAGGUACUUGUCAAUCACAGAUUUGACAGGGAGGAGUUCCUGAAGUUCAUCAGAGCUCUUUUCAUCAGACGCCACAAAAAGAGCCGAGGAGAUGCUGAAGACACAACCUUUUCACCCCUUAUUGAACAUGUCAGCACCGAAAGAGGAGAUGUUCAGAAAGCUGUUGAUCUCAUGAAAGCAGCAUACAUAGCUUUGGGGAAAGAUGCAUUGGUGGCACAACAGCUUGCACGGCUGCUUUACACAAAUUUGAGAUUUGAGGAAGCCCUAGAAUGGGCAGAGGAAGCAAAAUCUAUUCUUCCUUAUGAUACAUUUGUCCUUGACACACUCGGGCAAGUUUACAAAAAGUGGUUUUACCACUUGUAUGACAACCUUGAGGACAAAGAACUCUCCCCGGAAAGGGGAAUUGAAAUCAUAAGCAUUGCACUCAAGGGGAUAUCUGCGUUCCGGGCCUCUGAAAAGACACCAAAAAAAGAGACCGUAAGUCUUAACAGCUCAUACUACGGGGAAGUCGAUGUUGGCUGCAGGUUGCUAAAGUUCCUGUCAGGAGUAGAUGUUUUUUCCAACGAUACUGGAAAAUCCGAGUUGAUGAAGUACUUGUUAACAGAGUACAUUCCGACAGAGGUCAAAACACCCUGGCAGAGGUUUCACCUCCAGCUGAAAGGAUUACAAAAGUGUUUGGGCCAAGCACUUGAGUGCAUUUCCGAAGACCUCAGCUACUUUCAAACCGACAUUAGUGAAGAGGAGGUAGAGCUUGAUGCACGAGACCUAGAGCAAGUAUACAAACCAAGAGAGUGGUUGACAAAGAAGAGCGCUGUAUAUGCCGGAUGUUUUUGUGUUAUACCUGAUGAGAGUGACCAAGCAGCUGAAAGCGACAGUGCUGACAUGGUAGGGCCGGCUGAAAAGCUCUCUCCAUUCCAAAGACAGAUGAGGACCUACAAGCUCGGUGGAGGAAAUGUUACUGCUAUCCUCUCACUUCUGUAUGACAAGAAACCACAGAGGGCAGGGAGGAAACUUGAGAAAAUAAUUAGCAUGUACCCAGAAAACCUGAAAUGGAGUGACCUUGACCAGACAGAAAUUGCGAACUUCAUCUUUUGCCAGAUAGCUCUCAACUGUACUCUCCAUGGCUCCUCGGAGCUCUUGUCCCUUGAAAAGCUACAGGACCUCAGCAAGAGAUUUAUUAAAAAGGGGAGAAAUAUGUCAUCAGCAAUUGCCCUUUUCCUUCUCUCCCUUCUGUUUUGGCCUGAGACCAGUGAUGAGCUCAGUUCUGCUGAUACGCAGAUCCUUUUAUCAGCCAUCAAUGAACUUCAGAGACUCUGUGAGCAAAAAAGCCAACACGUUUCUCUGAAGAAAAAAAGAAUUGUUACCCACUUCUUUCUGGCAAAGGCGAAAGGUCUUAACAAGAUUGUCCACAGAAGUGCUAUUGAAAAGAACGUCAAUGGCACACUCAGUGAGAGGAAACUCAAAUGGCUUGGAGGGGAAGUGUGGAAAACCAAGGAAGUUGUGCAGUUACUGAAACGUGUUGAAGGAUGGACAGAAAAUGGCAGCUUGUUUGUGAAAGGAGGAACCAGAGACAGCAAGAUUAGAGUUCUGCCCCGAUUUUCUGCCUCCCUGCCAAAUGGAAAUGAAAGUGUAACCUUCUACUUGGGCUUUUCAUUUGAUGGAGUGGUUGCCUGUGACAUUCGGGUAAUGGAGUAGUGUCAUUACAUGAUCUUAAGCUACAAAGGCUUGGGCAAAGCUUUCCUUUGUUCAAAAUGACCCACCAAAAAAAACUUACUUAUUUUCUAAACUAGUGUUCUGAUGACCCUAGUACUUUUGCCAGUUUUGUCCUCUUCUAAAUGAGUUAAGUUUAACUAAAAUGUCACAGUUGACAGAAAGUCUGCCUGUAAAAAUUUGCGACAAGAUUGCAAAUGUACCAUUUUAAGAUUCUCUUCAUUUGAGAAAAACAGUGGUUAUGCAUAACAUGUUAUAUUAAUCUUGAUGUAAAUUAUAUUUUAUACUUUCAAAGUUUCAUUCAUUGCGUGUCCAGAGAAUUGAGGGCCAUUAGCAUUUGAGAGUCUGUGGGAUGCCAUUUCGUGCAAACAUCAACAUCAGAUGAACAAUCACAUCUGUGGACCUUGUUGGGCUGAGCUGCGCUAUCUCUACAUACCUAGAGAAAUAAUCUACCACCAGCAAAUAGGUACUGUCUUUGAGAGUGAAUACUGUAGGUAGUUUUUACCAGGAAGACAGAUGCAGAGGAGAGCUGAUCAAUUACUCAGACACAUUAUUUGCUGAAAUGACAAAAAACUAAAUAUUGAGACAAAUCUGAAAUGAAAUAAAUAAAUGUUCUGUAAUCUACA